GCUGUGCUAUUCAGUGACUGCUUGGCAAGGAAAUUGUAAAGUGAGCUGUUUGCAUCAAUAUUACCAUGUUUUCUCCACACACCGGCCGCAAAGCACGCAGAGGAAGCUUUGAAGGAAUUUUACACAAGAACACAAUACAGAAAACCCUUGCACAGAGACGAUGCUCAGCGCCUUCCCUUGUGUUCAACAAAGCUCUUAGCAAACCACGGUCUACAGUACGGGAGAGCAAUGUCUGUUCCAUAUCCAUAGAGCAAUGCCCAUUUGUUCUGGGAUUAACCAGUGAAGAUUCAGAACUAAUUCUGCAUGAAUCUGUGAAGCUGACCCAGGACUUGAAGACUAAGGAGCGCUAUCUCUUCCUGUUCAGUGAUAUGAUCAUCAUUGCCAAAUUAAAAUCUGGCACUAGUUUUAGACUGAAGCACAGAGUUGAUCUAGCAGAAAUGAUGGCACUUUCAUGUGAAGAAGAAGAUGAGAAAGAAGAAGCCUGCCUUUUUCAUAGUUAUCCUAAGAAUGCCCUGCUUUUUAUCUGGCCAUGUAAUGGAUGCAUUGCCUCCUUCCGCUCCCUUGAAGUGAAGGAGCUCUGGCUUGAUACUCUAGUUUGGCAGAUUAGAGAAGUUGGAGGAACUGAAAGCAUUACUGUCCCCUAUACAAGACUACUCAUGAAGGUGCUCACAGGCUGCAAUGCUUCUAAAGCAAUCAAUACCAGCAACAUGGAAGGCCUGAUUGAUUGCCCAACAGAGGCAGAUGCCAAGAAAUACCAGUUAUUGGCAGCAAUGAUAAAUGAAGAUGGCAUGUGCCAUUUGAUUGAAAACAACAAAAAGAGAAAAGCUGUCAUAUCUUGGCCAUUUACAUUUAGAAGAAGCUCAACACUAUCAGAAACAUCAGUUUCACCUGAGCUAAAAGCAACUUUGUUUGACCAACCACUUUCUAUUGUCUGUGAAGAGGAUGCCCUUCCCAAACCAAUACUUGAAAUCCUUACUAUUCUGUGCCAGCAGGGCCCAUCUACUGAAGGUAUUUUCCGUAAAGCUGCCAAUGAGAAAACACGCAAAGAGCUCAAGGAAGAUCUCAACAGUGGAAAGACUUUGGAUUUAAAAAGCAAACCAGUGCAUUUACUGGCUGUGGUCCUCAAGGAUUUUCUAAGAGGUAUUCCAAACCAGCUUCUGUCAUCUGAACUGUACCAUGAAUGGAUGGCAGCUUUAGAGAAGCCAACUUUGGAGAAAAGGACUGAAAAUAUGAAAUGUGUUGCAGAUAAACUUCCCAGACCUAACUGGAUUUUAUUACAACAUUUAAUCUGCGUCCUCCAUCACAUCAGCAAAGCCUCAACUGUAAACAAGAUGGAUUCAAACAAUCUAGCUGUCUGCAUUGGCCCAAAUAUGCUCCAACCUCGACAUGACAAGAUUCUUUCUCUAGAAGCUCAGAAGCAAGCAAAUGACAGGGUUAUCACACUAGUUGAGUUCUUUAUAGACAACUGCUUUGAUCUGUUUGAUGAAAAUAUAUCACAAUUGAUAAGUACCACAGAGAAGGAUUCACUGGAGGACACUGAUGUUUCAGAAAUUACUUUCCAACAAAAUGACUCGGCGUAUGACAGCACAGAUCCUGAACAUGAGGGACAUGCUAGUACCUUAACCAGCUAUCAAGAAGAUUUGGGGAUGAUCAACAGUGGGAGCGAGGCACUAAAGAGCUCAAUGGAUCAUGAUAUAAAUCUGUCUGAAUCUUCUAUAAGCCUGUUCAAAGUCAGCAGUAUGGGAAGGAGGAAGUCAGAACCACACAUAGUUCUCUCAAGGGAUACCAAGGUGGUGGAAGGCAGAAAGUUGAACAGAAGCCAUGAUGAUGUCACUGUUUGUAAAAGUGGAGCACCUUCAACUAAGGAGAAGCUAACUAAGCAAGUGUUAGAUAUAGCCUUUUAUAAGAAUAAGAUGCCAAGAGGUUUGACAGUUAAUACUAGUUAUUCAGUAGAUGUGUUAGAUGAUGUACUGCAGAACGCUCUUUCCAGUUGUUCUCUAGAGAGCUCCUUUUCAGACUGUUCUGUGUUUACCAGCUCACCACUUGCUUCCCCCAUCAGUCCUAAGAACAGCUGUUUGAUAAGGCACCAAUCAUGUUCUUUGAAGAGCGGAAUUAGAACUGACUUAAAAUCAUCAAGCAGAGAAAUAAAAAAACAUUCAAAGUCAUUUUCCUAUGUAAACAACAAGAAAAUGUUGGCUAAGACACAGAGUUGGGGGCCAGAAGGACAAAAUCCAAGGUUACAGAGGAACGUGUUCAACAGCAGCCUCAGAAAUAGAAAUCAAUAUGAAAAUGAGAGUCCACAGGCUAAAAGUUUUCAGCAGCCAGCUGUAGUUAGGCUAAGAAGGCCACAAUCUGCCCGCAAAAUGUCAGUUGAUGAAGUGUUCAGAAUGGUAGACCAAAGAAACCCUGGCAAACCGCCAUCGUAUGAGGAAGCCAUUCAUAAAAAUGUCCCACCCUUCAAAGGUAUGACAGUCCAAACCAUGAGAGCUACAGUUUCAAAUAAUGAAUUUUCAUCUUCCAGUGAUAUCCCCAUGGACAGUACAUACAGAGAACGUAGAACUCAUGACUACACCAUACAGACAACAAUAAAUGAAGGGUCAAUGGAAAGAAACUGUUCUCUGCAAAUGCAACAGCUCUGUCAGUAUGGAAAAACUAAAAGUGUUCUUAUACGAUCUAUGUCUGAGUCUGUUAAGAAACACAAGCAUGAAACUUUAAAUCGGAGAUGCAGCCAGCCUUUUGAGCUUUAUGAUCAGAUUCAAUAUGCCAAGGAAUCCUAUGUUUAGUCAAGUUAGCAGCUAACAGAAUGGCUCAUUUUGUAAAAUAUGGAUGGAUAAUAGAAUUCCAUUUUGUACAUAUCUACCAAAGCUGAAGUGUAAAAUACAUUUUGUAAAAAAAAAAAACUGUAUUAAAUAUACAUGAACUCAUAUUAAAUUAACUUGUCAGUAAAAUUGAUGCAAAUCCAUUAUUGUCCAAUUAAAGGAAAACUAUACCCCCCAAACAAUGUAGGUCUCUAUAAAAAGAUAUUGCAUAAAACAGCUUUUAUUUA